CGGGGUCUGUUUAGAGGAGCGCUGAAGAUUGCAGCAGCGACCUCCGAUCUGCCUGACGAGCCACUGACGCUGCGCUUUCUAUUAAACGCAUAAUAAGAUCCAAUAAUAACAACAAUUCCCGUUUGUCAAUUCCUCAACCUGUCUCCACGCGCACGCGGAUGGUUUUAAGGUGCUGUUACGUCAUUCUAGGUGGAAACAAAGCCGAGUUGAGCUUUCUGGGUUUCAUCAGAUGGAGAGAGAGAGCAGCGCCUUCACCAAACUCCCCCCGCAAUCCGGAUGGGAUACAGAUGAAGAGAGGCCAUUCCUUAGCAUUCCCAAUGGUCAGAAGGACUAGAGGAUGUACGAUGCUGAAGCCGUGCAACCGCAAAGAAAUGCCUAUGGAUUAAUAAUGCACUUUUGAGUUGAAGCAUCUCUGUUUAGUUUUUUUUCCCUCCCGCGCUGUCGAUACUGAGGACAGCAGAUGGGACCGUUUAAUAGAAUGGAGGGACAGUGGAGUCCAAAUCCAUAGGCUGUCCUUUCUUCCCAAAAUCAACAAUCAAAACAACAAUGGAUGCCAUGCCAGAGUAUUCCCUCUUCCUUGUGAGGAUUUUGGAGGAAUUGGAUACUAAGUACAGUACUGUUUCCUACCAGGACCUUUGUAAAUCCCUCUGUGCCAGGUUUGACUUGGUCCAUUUGGCUAAGCUGAGGAGUCUGCUAUUCUACACAGCAUGUUUAGAUCCAGCUUUCCCCGCAACCUUAUUCAAGGACAAGAUGAGGUGCUCGGUGGAAGACCAACAAUCCAAGAAGCUCAUGGUGGCGGCUGAUAUCGUUACCAUGUUUAAUCUCAUCCAGAUGAAUGGAGGUAUGGCCAAAGACAAGCUGCCAAUGGGUCCAAGACCCAAGUUUCACAAGAACCAGUCAUUUGAGUCCUGUCGAUCUGACACGGAUGUGUAUAAAUACAAUGACAAUGACAGGGCGUACAAACUUUUGGACACCAGGGGUCAUCACGUAUCUCGAAAUUCACCCAAAUCUGACUGCAACAGCUGCCAGCAGUUUAUACCAACCUCAGACCCCAACUUCCUCCUGGGAGUCACCAAGGAUCUGAAAUGUAGGGCAGCCUCGCUGGAUAAACUACAGCAUCUGCCACAGUAUGCCAGUGUCAGUCCUCCUCCGUGCGAGAUGCAGAGCACUUACUUCCCCAUGGACAUCGACAGCGAGUCUACCACAGACCAGGAAUCUCUCCACGCCAACCCAGGGAUCAAGGAUGUUUACGUGUCCAGCGGAGAGCCUUUUACCGUGCACUCCUGUGUGCAAAAGCGGAAUAUCUUCAAAGAGGAUUUCCACAACCUUGUUGCCUUUUCGCCCCAUGUGAUCACCACGGAGUGCAGAGCGAAUCCCAAAUCUGGUGGCAAUUACCACCACAGGAGGGAGCUGAGCAAGCCUCCCACGUUCUUCAAUCAUAGUUUUGAGCUGCCAUACAGCAACCCUUACUUUGAACCCGUCAACUCACCCCUCCAGAACAAAGGGCGGGUCAAGCACGAGAGCCUGGAUGACUUGCAAGCGUCCACUUACUUUGGACCCACAACAGUUUCUGAGUGUGUGAGCAACAGGAGGACUUCUAGUAAGCAUGGCAGACAACCAGCCUGGCCUGUCAAGAGCUUGAGUUUGAAUACCGAAGAAGGUCCUGAUUUUGAGAGGUCCUUUUUGAACGGCAAAGUGCCAAAGGACAAUCACCGUCACAACAUUGGCACCAUGGAGAAUGACCAACACUUUCAGUGUGCAAAGGACAAGCCCACUGCCUCUCCCUCAGGUUUCUCCAAGAAGUCCAAUGGAAGCAAAACUAAAGACAUGUCUUCUGUUGCUUGCGGACCUGGUAUUGAGAAAAGAGAGGUUGGGAGAAGAUACAAGGACAAGAGUAUCAACUGUCCAUCUUUUCAGUCAAGUAAUGUGGACAACGGCAUGAGUGUCGGGACUCAGACGGAACAACAUGAGUCCAGGAAGGUGAAAGAUUAUCCCAGUCAAAACAAAUUUAAAGAGAGGCCACCCUUCAAACACUCAGAGGAAGACUCUGAGAUCGUCAGCGACAAUAUUAGUGACAUCUUUCGCUUUCUGGAUGAUAUGAGCGUGUGCGAAUCUCUUGGAGUUGUGCAGCCAUCAUGCUAUAACAGCAACGGCUCACUGUCUCAGGUGACUAAAUCAGAUGGGGACAGCUCGCCUGAACGAAACACUAUUAAGAUUGGCAAAACUGGGAUCAAACUCGACCGACUUUUCCAGUCACUGGAGAACUCUGAUGAUGAACUCAAAGAGAGUGUUUGCAAACUGGUACUCAGGAUUGGUGAGAUUGAGAAGAAGCUCGAGUCCCUUUCUGGGGUGCGAGGGGAGAUCUCUCAGGUGCUCUCAAAGCUUACUAGGCUGGAUGAAAAGAUUCAAGAGCCAGAGGUGAAUGGGAAAUCGAGUGAUGGUGGUCUGGUGGAACAGAUAAAGACUGAUGCCAACCUCUCGCCUCAUGUUUUUCAAUGUCACACCACUGGGCACAACAUGAAGGUGGAAAAAAGUCCAGAGUGGUGUUGCUCGGAAGCUGAUGGGAGUGAAAGCCUGAGGGUAAAAGCUUUAAAGAAAAGCGUUUUCACUCGCAGGUCAUCCAGGUCACUUAAUGAGGAGAACAGCGCCACUGAGUCCAAAGUGGCCAGCAUCACCAAUUCACCUCGAGACUGGAGAACAGUUUCUUAUUCCAGUCACAACGGGGAGGAAGGCAAAGAAAGAGAUCGACAUAGUGAAGGCAAAGAACGGCAUAGGAAAUCCCGAGAGGCGGAGCGUCAGUAUGAAGCUCAUCAGGGCCACCGCUCCUCAAAGCCGCCCAAGGACUCCUACCUAGUGGAGCAGGUGUUCAGUCCACACCACUUCCCUCCCACUGUCAAGACUCACGUUAAGGGCAGUCCUCUUUACACGGACCUGCGUCUGACGGGCCACGCGGACGGGAAACGCUCACAGCCCUCCUGGACCAUCGAAGAGUACAAACGCAACUCAGGAGAUAAGAACAAGCUCAGCGCAUUGGACCUGCAGGUCCAGGAAUCACUCAACCCUAACAAUCUGGAGUACUGGAUGGAGGACAUCUACACGCCAGGCUAUGAUUCGCUGCUCAAACGCAAGGAGGCGGAGUUUCGCAGAGCCAAGGCGUGUAAAAUUGGCGCGCUGAUUUUCGCGGCCGCCUGCACUGUGAUACUGGUCAUCGUAGUGCCCAUUUGCACCAUGAAGUCUUGAGGUUUCUAUCUUUAUUUUUUCCCCGCCUGUCAGACGGUGUCCGUAUCAAUGUAUUUACAGACACUGGAACAAACAUUCGUGGAAAUCUGUGCUUAGGUUUCAGCCACCGGCCUUAGUCUUUCCUAGAAUGUCGAUUGAAAUAUAUCACAAAAAAAAAGAGUUAAGGAUUGCAAUUUUGACGUGUUUUUUUUAUUUAUUUACAGUAGUAUUUAUAACUUGAUAAAUUAUGUAGUAGAUGGCCUUACUUGUAGGCUCAAAGAUGCACCCUUGUUUUAUAGUCGGGAAUAUAAUAUACUGAUAUGUUUAUGUAUGUUUUUUUUUCCUCUUCCUGGUAUUACAACAAAAACUAAAGGUAAAGCUUUAUGUUUAAGCGCAUUAUAUUUUUUACUUUAAUUAUGAGAAUUUUAACGAGAGUUAUUUUUUUGAUGAAUACGCCGACAGAAUGUUUUAACAAUGAUUUGGAUUUAUCAUUGGAAAUUGCUGGAAUGUUUGGGCUCGUGCAAUGCCUUUUUAUAAGGAAUAUAUACAUACAUAUAUUCAGAUAUAGCGCAAUGAUUGACAUCACGUGCGCAUUCAGUGAACUUUAAAGGAAUGUUUCACCCAAAAAUAUUAAUUCUGUUUAUUAUACAUUUACUCUCAUGUUGUCCCUCAAACGUAUGAUUUUUUUUGUUGUUGUUGUUGUUGUUGGUUUUAUUACUCACAUUUUCUGCAGCCAUACUACAAAAAACACUUAUAUGCGAAAUGCCUGUAUAUCAGCACUGGUAGGAGGCGUACAUUGGCUCGAGGCCACAGGCCUAGUGCCUUAGUGUCCCAGCAGUGCCGAUAUACAGCUAUAUCGCACUGCUGCGAGUGUGAUAUUGCUUUUAUACAACAG